CCUCUUAUUCUGUUGUCUGUCUGUUUUCUUUUCUUUUCAUCACCAACAGCCAGCAGAGCUGCUGUGGUCUAAAAACCCUAACUCCGGUGGCGGCAACAGGCCGGACGAUGUCACUUCCCACGAACGAGAUCCCGACGGACACGUGCAUUGACAUCUUGACAAGGCUCCCCGACGCCGCCACCGUCGCCCGAUGCCGUUGCGUCUGCAAAUCAUGGUCCUCUCUUCUCUCCGAUCCGAGUUUCAUCCUCAAAAUCCUCUUGUCCUCCGACGGCGGCGGCGGCGGAGAUCGAGUGGUUAUGAUGCUCGCCCUAAUGAGGGAUAGACAUCUGCGUUACUCUCUUUACUCGCCGGAAACCUUCACCCUCCUCUCCUCCUCCUCCUCCGCCGCCGUGAUCCCCCUGGCUUGGCCGCCCCACCCGGUCGGUUGCCUUCCCCCCUGUGAUCCGUUCCGCUUGGUGGGCCACAGCAACGGCAUAUUCUGUCUCACCGACGGCAAGACACUGACGUCGGACUUCUAUCUCUGGAACCCGACCACGUCGGAGACCAAGCUUCUGCGACGGGCGCCUCUUUACCUGCCGCGCCAGCAGCGGGGCAAGUAUUUGUGGGCGUGUAUGUUCGGGUUCGACCCGGAAUCGAAUGACUUCAAGGUUGUGAGGAUCUCGACGGUCCGGAGCUCGACGGACCUGCGAUUCACCGAGGUUUACAGCUUGAGGAACGAUUCGUGGAGUCAGGGGUACAAAAAGGACAAGAUGAAUCACCGUCGCCGUUGCUUGAACCGAAUCCUCGAGAGCCGAGACGGGAAAUGUUACAGGUGGGAAUGUGACAGGAUUGGUGGGGGUGGGGGUAUGAGAAUCCUCUGUUACGAUCUUGCAAAAGACGCGCUCUCAUUGGUGCGCUUGACGAUUCCCUGGAAGAAAUUGGGGGAUUGUUGGUUCGUCAAGUCGGUUUCUUUCUGUAAAGGGUUUUUGGUGGCGAUCUACGGUUGCAGCCGUGCCCGUUCAUCCGACGACCCUGUGUACGAGGUGUGGGCGUUAAUGGAGUUUGGAGAUGCCAGGUCGUGGACCAAGGUGGCUGAUGUGCCCCAAACAGGGGAUUUUAGUGCUGAUUACUGCUCGCCCUUUGUGACUUGGGGAAACAACAAGUGUUUCUUCCAAGGAAAGAUCUUGAUGGCUCCAGGUAAUGAUACUGAGGAAGAAGUGGCGGUUGUGGUCUUUGAUCUUAAGACGAAGGAGACGGGAUUCAUUCGUGAUGUCGAGAUCUAUAGACAUGAGUUGAAUCCAAGUGUUAUUUCAUAUGUUCCGUCCAAAACUUCAUUGUCGAAUUUGGAUUGAUAUUUGAUCCGAUGUUCUGUGCAAGUUAUGAGUUGUGGGAUGUUGAUAAGUUUAAUGCCUCAUUUGAUGUUCCCAUGAUGAUCUUCAUGUCCAUUAAUUAAUUCCCUUUCCUUUUUCUACAAUGGUGAAGAGGUGAGAAAAGAAUUGAACUACUACGUUUUAUUGUAGAGAUAUGGCCACUUAACCAGUGGAAAAGACGGGUUAUUUCAUAUGCUCAUUCUGUAGUUCCUUGCUUGCUUUUGCUUGCAUAUUGAAUCCAAAAUUCUGGAAAUGAGGGUUCUAAUAGGCACCAUCGGGGUUUGUCAGCAAUGGGAUGAAUUGAUAUGCAAUUGACCAUGCUAGCAUCUACCCUUGGUCAUUUAAUGCCUGCUUUGCGUGUUGUUUUUUGCACUCUAUUUCUUGAAUACAAGCAGGAAGUUCUGCUGGGUGUCAGUUUCCAUAGCUUUGCGCUCCAUAUCAAUGCUGGAGGCUCUAUGAUCUAAUGGGUUCUUUGUUGCUUAUCUUUGUGUUCUGCUUCGUCGCUUUUGAUUGCAACUGUGGUUAAAGCGCGGCUUGGCUCAACUUUGAAGGCUUUUUUAGUUUCAUAUCUUGACAUCCCAUUUGCCAGUUUGUUAUCUGCUGCAGUUCUGGCUCAUGGCUUAAGUUUCAGCCAUGUUUCUGAUACUGUAUUCAUUAGUGCCACUGCUGCGUUCUGCGAUUCAGACGGAUGCCUCCAGGGCCUGUUUGGUCUAUAUUUUGAUGACUAUGUAUACGGCCCUCCCAGGGGCUAUAUUGUUUGAUCGUUUUGCAGACAACUUGGUUCUUUUGCUUGCAUUUAAGCGGCCUUGUAACAUUAUUCCAGCCAUGCUAGACAUUCAUCAACGGGGACAAAUACACUAGUACAUGCCGCCGAGGUGAGCAUCUCCAGUCCCCUGAAAGAGUAGCCAUAGCAAAGGAAGAGAUUGAGAGAACUCUGUUCUAAUUUCCUAUCUAUGUUGGGAAUGUACUUGUUGUUACUUGUUACCAUUGGUUGUGGUUUGUAAAUAGAUUAUAUUUCUUUGUACAGUUUGCAUACGUAUGAAGUUAUGACUACUUUUGUCUGCUGGAUCACAGUUCAACAACCCAAACUGGAGUUUAUUUAUCACAUUUGCUAUUGCAGGUGCGGUUCAGUUUUCAUCAUGCAUUUUUUUGUUGUUGUUGCAAGAUCCUUGUUAAGCAUCCCAUGUGCAGCAGAGAUGGACUGUCGAUUCUAAUCCCAUUUCUUCAGGCCAUUCAGUUUUUUCUUUUUAAACCAGUUUCAAAAUAACACAAGAUGAUUAAAAUGAUAUUCAUCUAGCUCUGAAUGUGGGAAUACAGACAUACGUGCUCGAUGUUAUCGAAGAGAGAAUUUCAUUAAUGGUCAGGUUUUUUGACAAGCAUCUAUUUAUAUAGUUACACAACAAAGGUCCUUUCUUUCUCAUCCAAAACUUUAGCAUCUGUCCUUCUCCUUCUCCUAUUAGAAUUCAUGUUUCUUCCCUUACAAGAACACUAAUUAAAUACUACCAAUGCCCUAUUUUAAUUUUAGUGGUACCCUUGCCCUAAUUCUCAUACUUUAGUAGUAUGGUGGGUAUUUUACUCCUAUUCCGCUGCCAAAUUUUGCCCUAUUGGGUAUAUAAUAUAUACAUCUCAUCAUCGUCUCCUCCUUAACCUACUCCAAGUAGCGCGAUGGCGAUAGGUUUAGACCAACAUAACUGAUCGAUAAUCUAACCAACAUAAGACAUCCUCGUUUUUUCAAUUGUGCAUUUUUGUAGAUUUUGUUCCUACGUACAUAAAUGUGUUCUUUCUUUUGAAGAUGUCAUUAUUGAAUAAAAAAUAAUUUAACAU